GGUCAGGAGAAAGACAGUCGAUACAGAUACACGCUUCGGGAAAAGUCCUUCUCAGGAUUAUUUUGCUUUAAACGUGUUAGCAUAUAAUUAUAUUGGGACAUGCUAUAUGUUCUUAGGCAAGAAAGGGAAAACAGAAUGACAUAGCGAGAAGAUCGUAUUUUUACUGGCUGAUUUUGGCCCUCAUUAACCUGUCGCACAAAUUCGAGUGUGGCUUGGGAGUUAUCGCUCGCUAUCUGAUCAACAAUAUUAUUUCGUUUGGGGCAACUGUAAUAUGAAAAAAGAGGUGUCUGACACAUUAGGUUUUGUCCCUCAAAAAGACAUUGUUUACAACAAACUUCUGCCUUAUGCGGACAAAUUAGAUGGAGAGUCAAACGAGAUCCUCGCUAGAAUCAAGGAGAACUUGGGACGGGCUGUAUAUCUUAGGGAAUUAUGGCCAGGAGUAUUGUUUUGGACAAGGAAACUUUCUACAUACCUGCGGCUGUAUGGCAGGAAGUUCAGCAAAGAGGACCAUGUGCUGUUCAUCAAGCUGCUGUACGAGCUGGUCACCAUUCCCAGGCUGGAGAUCAGCAUGAUGCAGGGUUUCGCCCGCCUCCUCAUCAACUUGCUCAAGAAGAAAGACCUGCUCUCAAGAGACGAUUUGGAGUUGCCAUGGAGACCUUUAUACGAUCUUCAUGAGAGGAUUCUUUAUUCCAAAACGGAACACCUGGGCCUUAACUGGUUCCCCAGUUCUCUGCGGCCACGUUCUACCUCUAAACAUAUAAUGGUUAAGCUUGCUCAGAGGUGUUCUGUGGACGGAUUACUGAAAGUCCUAGUGAAGACCUGCAGGCCGUACUUCCCUGAGUCGGCGACCCAGGAGAUGCUUGAUGAGUGGCGUCCGCUGCUGUGCCCGUUUGACGUCACCAUGCAGCGCGCCAUCAGCUACUUCGAGCUCUUCCUGCCCACCACAUUGCCCCCUGAGCUCCACCAGAAAGGCUUCAAGCUGUGGUUCGAUGAGCUCAUGGGUCUGUGGGUGUCUGUGCAAAACCUCCCCAGUUGGGAAGUGAGUCUUGUCAACCUUUUUGCUCGACUAGCCACUGACAACAUAGGAUACAUCGACUGGGAUCCUUAUAUACCUAAGAUCUUCACCAGGAUCCUGCGAAGCAUGAAUCUCCCUGUGGGCAGUAGUCAGAUGCUGGUGUCCAGAUAUGUGACUAAUGCUUAUGACAUCAGUCAUGUGGUCAUCUGGAUCGCAGCUCUUCUGGGAGGGCCCAGCAAACAGGCCCAGACUCAGCUGACAGGCCUCUUCAACAGCAUCAGCUCCUUCCUUCACCCCUCCAACCAUGGUCGCUGGCUGAUGAAGUUGAUGAAGCUGCUGCAGCGGUUGCCGGCGUGUGUGGUCCGGCGUCUCCACCGCGAGCGCCACCGAAGCCCGACGUGGCUGCCGCCUGUGCCCGAGAGCCACCGGCUCAGCGAGCAGGACAUCGACGACUUCGUGGAGAGCAUGAAGCAGCCCGUGCUGCUGGCCAUGUUCAGCAAGACGGGCAGUCUGGACGCCGCCCAGGCCCUGCAGAACCUCGCUCUCAUGAGGCCCGAACUCGUCAUCCCGCCUGUGCUAGAAAAGACGUACCCGGCCAUGGAGACGUUGAUCGAGCCGCAUCAGCUGACCGCCACCCUCAGCUGCAUGAUCGGCGUGGCGCGCAGCCUGGUGUCCGGCGGCGGCCGCUUCCCUGAGGGGCCCACGCACAUGCUGCCCCUGCUGAUGAGAGCCCUACCGGGCGUGGACCCCAACGACUUCAGCAAGUGCAUGAUAACAUUCCAAUUCAUAGCCACAUUUGCUACGCUUGUGCCUUUGGUGGACUGCUCCUCUGCUGUACAUGACCGAGAUGACCUUACACAGGUGGAGCGGGAGAUGUGCUCAGCAUCUGCUGAGUUUGAAGACUUCGUCCUACAGUUCAUGGACAGGUGUUUUGCCCUGAUUGACAGCAGCUCUCCGGAUCUCACACGAGAGGAGAUGGAGACUGAGAAGAUGACUCAUCUGGAGAGUCUGGUGGAGCUGGGCCUCUCCUCCACCUUCAGCACCAUCCUCACACAGUGCUCUAUGGAGAUCUUCAAGGUGGCCCUUGAGAAGGUCUUCAACUUUGCCACGACCAACAUCUUUGAGACGCACGUUUCUGGGAGGAUGGUGUCCGACAUGUGUAGAGCUGCUACCAAGUGUCACCCAGAGGAAUCUCUCAAGCUGUUUGUGCCACACUGCUGUAAUGCCAUAACCCAGAUCACAGCCAAUGAGGAGGUAAAGAAUGAGGAGGAGCUGGAUAAGGAGCUGCUGUGGAAUCUUCAGCUCCUGUCUGAGGUGACUCGUAUGGACGGGGACAAGCUGCUGCCCUACAGUGGGCAGCUGGUGCAGACCCUGCAGCAGACGCUGCACCUCAAGUCCAAGCAGGGCUACGGCCUGGCCUGCAACCUGCUGUACCACUGCCUGCGCGCCACCGCGCUCAUCUACCCCACCGAGUACUGCAGCAUCCCCGGGGGCUUCUGCAAGCCGCUCUCCGAGUACCUGCCCAUCAAGGACUGGGGUCGUCCGGGCGACCUGUGGAACCUAGACAUCCACUGGCACGUGCCCAGUAAGGAGGAGACGGCCUUCGUGUUCGAGGUGCUGGACCUUCUGCUGAAGCCUGAGCUCCAGCGCCUGGAGAGCUACGCCCAGGGAGAGCAGGACAUGAACAGGGACGAUGUCCUGCAGAGCCUGUCCAUCGUGCAGCACUGUCUCCUCGGAGCCGGAGGCGUCCUGCCCCCCUUGGUUGGAGAGCGAGUACCUGAGCUGGUUUGCAGCAUGGUGGAUCUGGAUGAAACCAGGUUGUACACAGGAGUGGAAUAUGACAUGUCCCGAGAGAACUACAGGGAGGUCAUCUGUAGAGUCAUGAAGCAGUUGCUGAAUCACAUCCUGGAGCACUCAGAAGAUGACACCAAAUCCCUGUUUGCCAUCAUCAAGAUCAUCAGUGACCUGCUGCAGUUCAAAGGCACGCACAAGCAUGAGUUUGACUCGCGCUGGAAGAGCUUCACACUGGUUAAGAAGUCCAUGGAGAAUCGGCUCCAUGGCAGCAAGCAGCACAUCCGGGCUCUGCUCAUUGACAGGGUCAUGCUGCAGCACGAGUUGCGCAACCUUACAGUGGAGGGCUGUGAGUACAGGAGUGUACAUCAGGACUUGCUCCGAGAUCUCCUGAGGUUGUCUACCAGCACCUACAGCCAGGUUCGCAGUAAAGCCCAGAAUGUGCUGUUCUCUGCACUGGGCACCUACAACUUCUGCUGCCGGGACCUCAUCCCCAGAGUCCUGGAGUUCCUGGAGCCCAACCGAGCCGACGUCACCCAGCAGCAGUUCAAAGGUGCCAUGUACUGUCUCCUGGGGAACCACAUUGGCGUGUGCCUGGCCAACCUGCAGUACUGGGACUGCAUCAGCCUCACCUGGCCGGCCAUCGUGCGCUCGGGCCGCAGCACGGCCAUGUCGCUGGAGAAGCCUUCCAUCGUGCGCCUCUUCGACGACGUCGCCGACAAGAUCCACCGGCAGUACGAGACCAUCGGGAUCGACUUCUCUAUCCCGGAGAGCUGCUAUAACGUGGCACAGCAGAUCUUGACCUCUGCCAGUCCAACGACGGGCCGAGCCGUCCCCUCAGAAGACGAAGUGCAGCAGGGCAUCCUCAAUCAGGAGGAGAAGAACAGAGACUCCCUCCAGAAAUACCAGCAGUUGGUCCAUGAUCUUCUGGACUGUGCGACCGACAGAAACCUGCCCUGGAAGUUUGAGCACAUCUCCAUCGGGUUCCUGUCACUGAUGCUGAGGGACGACCAUCCGCUCCCCGCUCCCGGCGUCCUCUUCUUCGUCAAGAGCCUCAACCACGACUCGCUUCUCGUGCGCAAGGUGGCCAUCUCAGCACUGGCUGGGAUUAUGAAGCAGCUGAAGAAGCCUCAUAAGAAAGUGCCCGUCAGUGCCCACGAGCUCUGCAAAGUGCCUGUGUCCGACGAGAUCAUCGCCGGUGACCGGCCAGACAACCAGUGGCUGAUGUAUGACAGCAGCAGUUUGCCGCGCUCCCAGCAGGACUGGGACAAGUGCUGCUUUGUGGAGAAGACCCACUGGGGUUACUACAGCUGGCCACAGAAGCUCAUGAUGUACGCACCUGCAGAGGAGCAGCCCAAACAAAGCCUUAACAGGGAGGAGAUGAACGAGAGGGAACAGAUCAUCUACGACCACUUCACUGACCCCGUGUUCAUCAACCAGCUCAUCCAGUUCCUGUCUCUGGAGGACCGCAAGGGCAAAGACAAGUUCAGUCCCCGCCGCUUCUGCCUCUUCAAGGGACUCUUCCGGAACUUCGGCGACGUCUUCCUGCCGGUGCUGGAGCCGCACAUGGAACGGCUGGUGUCCGACACCCAUGAGAGCCCCCAGCGCUGCGUGGCGGAGAUCAUCUCUGGCCUCAUCAGAGGCAGCAAACACUGGAGCUACAGCCAGGUGGAGAAGCUGUGGGCUUUGCUGUGCCCAAUGCUGCGCAAAGCUUUAUCCAACAUCACCGUGGAGACCUACGGAGACUGGGGCACCUGCAUCGCCACGGCCUGUGAGAGCCGAGACCCUCGUAAGCUCCACUGGCUGUUCGAGAUGCUGAUGGAGUCCCCGGUGAACGGAGAGGGAGGCUCGUUUGUGGACGCCUGCCGUCUGUACGUGCUGCAGGGAGGUCUGGCCCAGCAGGAGUGGCGAGUCCCGGAGCUCCUGCACCGCCUGCUGCAGUACCUGGAGCCCAAACUCACGCAGGUCUACAAGAACGUCAGGGAGAGGAUAGGCAGCGUGCUCACCUACAUCUUCAUGAUCGACGUGAACCUGCCGCGCAUUCACGAGACGGCGUCCCCGCGCACCUCCGAGUUCGCCGAGCGCAUCCUGGCGCGCCUGCGGCCGCUGAUGGAGGGCGACGAGGAGAUCCAGAACCACGUGAUCGAGGGCGGCGGAGAGGGGGAGCAGGACGAGCGGACGCAGGCCAUCAAACUCCUGAAAACCGUGCUGAAGUGGCUGAUGACCAGCGCGGGGCGCUGUUUCACCUCGGCCACCCCUGAGCAGCUGCAGCUGCUGCCUCUCCUCUUUAAGAUUGCUCCGGUGGAGAACGACGACAGCUACGACGAGAUGAAGCAGGAUGCGAAGACGUGCCUGACGCUCAUCUCCCAGGGGCUGCUCUUCCCCGAGGACAUCCCCCAGGUGCUCAGCGUCCUAGACAAGAUUGCGGGCAACUGUUCGUGGCAUGCACGCUACACGGUGCUCAGCUACCUGCAGAUCAUGGUGUUCUACAACCUGUUCACCUUCAUGAGCGACAGGAAGGCAGUCGGUGACGUGCGAGCGCUGGUCAUCCGACUGCUGGAGGACGAGCAGCUAGAGGUGAGAGAGAUGGCGGCCACCACCCUCAGUGGCUUCCUCCAGUGCAACUUCCUGCGCAUGGACGCCGAGAUGCAGGCCCACUUUGAGGCGCUCAGCAAGACCCGACUGCCCAAGCGCAAGCGGCGGGAGCUGGGCUCAGCCGUUGACACCAUCCCCUCUGCUGACUUGGUGCGUCGGCAUGCGGGUGUGCUGGGCCUGAGCGCCUGCAUCCUCUCCAGCCCGUACGACGUGCCCACUUGGAUGCCACAGCUGCUCAUGGACCUCAGCAUCCAUCUGAACGACACGCAGCCCAUAGAAAUGACUGUAAAGAAGACGCUGACCAACUUCCGCCGGACGCAUCACGACAACUGGCAGGAGCACAAGCAGCAGUUUACGGACGACCAGCUGGUGGUGUUGACAGACCUGCUUGUCUCCCCAUGCUACUACGCAUAGUGCUUAGAACUUGAAGAAACUUUGAAGUUGUUUUUGUUUUGUUUUCUAAUGGACUCUUGUUGAUCGACUGAAGAGGAGUUCUGGAGAUGACCUUGCCUCUGCGUCAGCACUGGUCAGACUAGCUGCUGAGAGACCACACCAGCACUCGUGAUGCAGAUCGGGCAGAAUCAUCUCUGACUGCUUCAAAUACACAAACGAGAGAUGAUCUGAUUGUUUCUGAACCCUAGCAAUAAAUUGAUAUUUUUUCUAUAUACUUAAUAUUUAAGGAUUAUGCAAAGCAGGGGUACAAGACCUGCAUUAUGUAAUAUGCUGUACAGUUUUUCCUUCUGUCUUGAUCUGCUAUUGUGAAUUUGUGUGGGUGUGUGUGUGUGUGUCUGUGUGUGUGUGUGUGUGUGUGUGUGUGUGUGUGUGUGUGUGUGUGUGUGUGUGUAUGUAUGUGAGUGUGUAUCUGUGUGCGUGUCUGGAUGUUUGUGCACAGUUAUGUGCACAGCAGUGUUUUGUCAGUAGAUCCAACAUGUAUGGAUUUUCGAGCACAGUGUUUUGCAAACACCUCACUGCUGACAUUGAAUUUGUGGGCAUCUAUCAGUUGUUAAAAUAUUUGUAUCGAGUCACUGGUAUGCAUACAUGUGACUAUACUGUAUUACAUGAAUAUAUUAGAGCCACACGCACAGUAUUUAUUAUUGAUAUGAAGUGCAAUAUUAGGAAGAACUGCUGGUGUUUUUCUUCUUUAUUUUUUUGUUUUGUUUUGAGAAUGAUUUGCAGGUUUAGUCUGAUGACGGUUUUAUUAGAUUCAGCAUGAGCUGCUGCAUGCUGUAGAGAGGGCAGUUUACCUCAGCGAUACACUGAGAAAAGCAUGCCACUUGUGGUUAGAAAUGUUUUCUAAAAAAAGAAAGAAAAAAAAAACACUGCAAAUGUAUGGGCAAACCAUAUAAAUGUCCAAAUGACUCCCAGUGAAUUUCCCAAAGUACUUGGCAUUUUUUUUUAUUAUUAGAUUUAUUAUUAUUAUUAUUAUUAUUAUUAUUAUUAUUAAUGAUAGUGAGAUUACUUCAUUUUCCUGUUUGCGACUUGCAGAAAACACUGAAAAGUGUGUUUAGUUUAGUACCCGACAAGCGCAAUGUGUAGGUUAGUGCCAAAACCACUUUUCAGAGGUUUUGUUUGUUUUCUCCCAUUUUAGAAUUCCUAUCACAAUUUGCUUUUAUUUAAAUGAAAACCGAUUGUAAAUGUGUUUGUAAUAAAGAACUGUAUGGCA